CGCGUUCGUUCGUUUGAUCGUGAGUUCGUCGCGUUUGUUGCUCGUUAAUUGUUUUGCCCCGGAAAAUAACAAGCGAUCCUCCUCCUUCUACAGGAACCGCGUACCUUCGUCGUUAAACCUUUUAUUGAAGUUGCCAGGUGAUUAGACACGAGAAUGGCGUUCAAUGGAGAUGGUCCGCACUCGAAAAGACAGCGGUUGGAAGAAUCCGGUCAUAGGAAUCACGAAUACAGUGGUUAUGGAGAGGAACCUCGACGAAAGAGGGAAGACAAUAACAAGCCAAAUCACGUACUCCUCUUUACAAUAAUCAACCCAGUCUACCCCAUCACAGUGGAGGUAUUACAUACAAUUAGCACACCCAGUGGGCAAGUUCAGCGCAUCGUUAUCUUCAAGAAAAACGGCGUCCAAGCCAUGGUUGAAUUCGAUUCGGUGGAGUCAGCAACCAGAGCGAAAGAAACUCUUCAUGGGGCCGACAUAUAUUCAGGAUGUUGUACACUGAAAAUCGACUUCGCCAAGCCGACAAAAUUGAACGUCUAUAAAAAUGAUACCGAGAGUUGGGAUUAUACGACGCCAGCACUGGGAUCGAGUACGCACAAAAACGACGCGACUGGAAAUGGAAGACCAGCUCCUCUCCUAGCUGAACCCAGGUAUGGAGCAGCACCACAACCUUAUGCUUUGCGUGUUGCAGGAUCUACACCACAGCAAGUGACGUUUCCUCCAGGCGCAGGACAUGAGCGUUAUGAAGAGACUUUCAAUGGUCCAACCACAUACGCAGAGCCGUACGUCGAACGGUAUGGAAUUAAAAGUGAUUUCGCUGGUCGAGAACCGUUACAUCCUACACCCCCUCGGCCUGGUUACGUACCGACUUUGGGUCAAACACCACCGACAAGUACACAGGGUUCUGUAAUGAUGGUCUACGGCUUACAGCCAGACAAAGUCAACACCGACAAGCUCUUCAAUCUAUUCUGUCUUUAUGGAAAUGUAACGAAGGUGAAGUUCUUAAAAACAAAGGAGGGCUGCGCGAUGAUUCAAAUGGGAGACAGCAUAGCCGUGGAAAGGUGUUUGCAAAAUUUGAACAAUGUCACGAUUGGUGCAGACGGCAAAUUGCAACUUGGAUUUUCGAAGCAAGCUUUCCUCUCGGAUGUCACCAACCCUUACAUUUUACCUGACAAGACAGCCAGUUUCAAAGACUUCACAGGCAGCAAGAACAACAGGUUUCUCAAUCCGGCGAUGGCCAACAAGAACAGAAUACAGCCUCCAUCGAAGAUCGUUCACUUCUUCAACACCCCACCUGAUCUAAGCGAGGAGACCGUAAUUCGCGUCUUUGUCGAACGAGGCAUCGAAGCACCGACAACAGUCAAGUUAUUUCCUCUGAAAUCCGAACGAUCGUCGUCCGGUCUUAUUGAAUUCAGUAGUGUUGGUGUUGCGGUGGCUGCCAUAAUGGAGUGCAAUCACACAGCUCUCGAGAACAGUAAUGGCAAAUUCCCCUACAUAAUGAAGUUGUGCUUUUCUUCUUCGCGCACCAUUCCCACGAGUUUCCCACCUAGCAGUGGUAGCGCAUCCAGCAAUUCCGCCGGAAAUGGUCACGCCAAAAUGCAGCAAGACUCCGAAUAGAACGGCGAGGCCCAGGGCCAGCGUCAGCGUCAGCGCCAGCGCCCCUCUCUCGCGCUGCACCAGCUCUGUGCCCCGACGAGUAGUACGGCCCUGCACCAUCCUGCCACGACGAUUACACUGUCCCCGGUUAUGCCUCCCGUGCCUCCUCCACUUCCACCCACGUGUCUUCUGAUCGCCACGCCAACCCUCUACCCCACAGUUCAACCACCUCCACCCCCGCCUCUUCCCACCUUCUGGCCCUAUUAAAUUCAAGAGCACUCUCUCAAUUCCUCCUCCUCCUCCUUCUUCCUCUUUGGCCAACUGAAGCACGACUAGCACAGGACCACCAGGACCAAGCUGAAAUCCCAACAUUUUGGGACUUGUGCAUUCUUCUCGGAAGGAUAAGUCGAGACCAGCUUGUUCUUUUUUUGUUUUGUUUAUUUAUAUAUUUUUGGGGCCGCCUCUACAUGUAUAAAUCAUAGUUCUGAAUUCCGAUCAAUGACUUAAGCCACAUGACAGCAUUGUGCAAUGAAAGCCAUGUCUGCAAAAAUGGGCCAACCCUCACCUCUACUGCUUAAGUUUAGUCUUGUACAAAGUAUUCUUACUGACUGUGAAAGGAUUGUGUUUAGACUUGGUUUCGAUUUUAAGAACUGCCAAGGGGGUUAACUCGGGUCUGCAAACAUCGCUUGAAUUCAUCUUUGGAGUCGUUGGCUCGACGCACGAUGACUCGAAAAAAUCUGUUUCACCGUUCCACGUAUGAGAGAUCAAGCUGGAAAAAAGGGACAAAAUCUUAUACAUAGCAGUGUUGGCGACAUACCGAAAUUGCGAUUAUCGCCUAGACAUAUCACGUGGGAAAAUUGAGAGGGUUAUUUAAAUCGAGGAAAGGUAGGAUGUGUCCUACAUAUCAUUUGACCAUUCGUCAUCCUGCAAGCGUAAUUGAAUCUUGCUACUAAAGUAAGCUUCCGAUUUCGAAAGUUUAAUUAAUUUGAUUCUUAACUAUCUUUCACUCGAAAGAAAUUUUACAAAACGAUUUUAAUGUAUUUUUUACUAAAUACAAUUUAGCGAUCGGAGCUUACAAUCUUAGGAAUUGUAUAUCGAUCACAUUUGGUGCGUCAUCGCGACUGCUAUCUGUAAGAGGAAGAAGAUAGAAAGCUAAAAUAAUAAAAUAGAAUUUCUCGGAGAUUCCGAAGCUGUAGUGUUCAGGGUGCGACGAAUCGGUGCUCUGUUUCGCAGAAGAAGAAAAAACGGACGACCAGAAACAUCGUGCUCGUUCAAUCAGACCGAGGACUGUGAAUUGAAUUUUAUAUACAAAAGAAUGUCGAUGACCCGAUAUAUUAGUGUUCUUCGGCAAUAUUUUGUCUGGCCGAGGGAUGUUUUUAUAAGAAAGGUUUUAGAUCUCUGCAAAUUACGAAGUGAGCCAAAUGAUUACUAAUAAUUAUAGACUUGACUUGGCCAUACGUAAAAUAAGAAUAUAUUGAGGGAUUGAGCCCUCAAGUUUGCGAAGAAUACCCGCCAUUUUGUCCAUUAAUUGCGAGAGUGAGACCUAAACAAAUGAGAUAUAACUUAAAUAAGGAGAAAAGUUUAUAUUCGAGGCAAUAUUUGUUACAAUACAACUAGGAAGUAAGUUGUACUACCUUAUAGGAGCUCAUUACAUAAAAAAAAAAUCGAUGCCGUUUCUGAAGAGAUUCAUGAAGCGAGCGAUUCAUCCUUUGCAUCGAUACAUACGGAUGUCUUUUGAGUUUUCCAUUUUUUCAUCCUCUCGCGUUUACGAGGAUCUAGCCUAACGAGGCAUUAACUAGCAGUCCAAAUUUUAACCACCUGUGACAUACCACUUUCGAGUUACAAUUUUUAUUCUUUAGAAUUAUUUCAUUGUUCAGCUCUAUUCCUCAAAUUCCACGAGUCAUCAAUUUCGUUUGUCCGACAUUCAUUUUUUACUUUGUUCAACUUAAUUAGAACAAUUGACUUUUUAUUUAUUGUUUGAAAUGGGCAGUUUCGUUGUUUCGUAAUUGCUGCAAGUUGAAAUGAAUUUCCGACAAUUGAAAUUUCGAACGAGUGAAAUUUAAAUCUUUUUCGCUUUCUUGACGCCCUUAAAUUUGAAGCGGGGCAUCAGACCGAAGUUAGCUCAGCUAUUCUGCAGCAGGGGCGAGUUGUAUAUUCUGCAACAAAAAUUACAUAUCAGAAGAUUUCGGUUCUUCUCAUUUUUAAACUAGAUUACAAUCCAUUCUUAAUUUUACUCGUACUUAGUAUUUUUGCUUUUAAUUUUCCUGGUGUUUACAUUUGCAAAAUGUAAAAAAAUGAGUUGUUAUCAAUAAUAUUAUUAGCGGUACGAUGCCCUGUUUUAAAUGAUGUUCUCGCAUCACAUUCUCCUGUUUUUAUUAUCAGCACAUAGCUAUUUUAUUAUCGAAUUAACUUUACUUGUAGUAUCGUUAUCAGUUGACUAUGAAUUUCGCUUAGCAAGCAGGACUUAAAAAUUAAGACAUAGCGUGUAAGAUUUUAGAAAUGGCGUAAUUCAUAUCAUUAAAUUUUUUUAGAUAUAUGUGAUUACGGAGCGCAGCGAUUGAAUCAGGAGAGUAUCGUACUUAAAAUGUAUCUAAGUAAGUUUUGCAUUUGAGUGGCGGAAUCGCGUCAAUAUUUUAUUCGUUUGGAAAAACUUGUGGAAAAGCUCGAAAUUAAAAAGUAAGUUAGUUCUUUAAUCUCCCAUGUACAUUCCAGUGUACUAGAUUUAUUUUCGUCCGAAGUUUCAUGUUACAUUUUGAGUGUUUGUUUCGAAAAAUGUGAAAAAAUCUCGUUCUCUCGAGCUACGAUGCCUUCAUGAUGAAAAUCGCUCUCCAGCGUGAUGUACGCUAGGUACAUAUUAGAAAUAAAUGACGUUGAUUAGUAAAAAUGAAAAUUCGCAUGUCAGACUUGGCUUAUUUUCUGAGGCUUUACCAUUUACAUUAUCGGUGGUAAAGUAAGACGGUAGUGUACAUGACAACGAAGAUUGAUAAGUUGGACUGCACGUUUUAAUUGAGCAACGGACUAA